UUUGACUGUGUAAAAGGUCUGUUCAUUCAGUCCUGAAGCAAUUUAUAUUAGCUUUUCCUCUGUUCAUAUUCUCUGUAAGAAAAAUCUCAGCUACUUGAAAGAGGGAUUGGAGCUAUAUAUAUAUUCUUUGAUUUGAUCUGUAUAUAGCAAAAAGGAACAAUGCAGAGGGCUCCACCACCACCACCAGAUGAGUUUGCUCUGAAGCAAACAGCCCCAAAGAUUGCAGGGUCAGGGGUGAUCACAGGAGACAAGGUAACCUGUGCUUAUGAUCUAGUUGAACAGAUGGAAUAUCUGUACGUUCGCGUUGUUAAAGCCAAGGAAUUGCCUCCAAAGGAUGUGAGUGGGAGCUGCGAUCCGUACGUGGAGGUGAAGGUGGGGAACUACAAGGGAGUAACAAAGCAUUUCCAGAAGAAAUCGAACCCGGAAUGGGACCAUGUGUUUGCAUUCUCCCAGGACAGGCUGCAGGCAUCCUUUGUGGAGGUAAUUGUGAAGGACAAGGAUGUUGUGGUGGAUGAUUUCAUAGGAAGGGCAGUGUUCGACAUGGUUGAUGUCCCGAGGCGAUUGCCCCCGGAUAGCCCUUUAGCUCCCCAGUGGUACAGGCUGGAGAACAAGAAAGGUGAGAAGAUCAAGAAAGGGGAAAUCAUGUUGGCAUUGUGGAAAGGGACUCAAGCAGAUGAGGCAUUCUCUGAUGCCUGGCAUUCUGAUGCUGCUGCAGUGGGGAGGGAAGGCGUUUCGAAGAUUCGGGGGAAAGUUUAUCUCUCCCCUAGGCUAUGGUAUGUGAGGGUAAAUGUGAUUGAAUGCCAGGAUUUAGUUCCACCUGAUAAAAACAGGCAACUUGAAGCCUGUGUGAAAGUUGUUCUUGGAAACCAAGCAUUGAAAACCAGAAUUUCCCCACCCAGAGGACUAAAUCCUAUGUGGAAUGAGGAUUUGGUCUUUGUUUCUGCGGACCCAUUCGAAGAGCCAUUGAUUCUAACAGUCGAGGACCGAUCAGACAUCCUGGGAAAAUGCCUGAUCCCUCUCCCCACACUCCCAAGAAGGCUAGACAACAAAGCUGUCCCCUCCAAAUGGCACAAUCUUGAAAAACACCCAAUUCAAGAAGGGGAAAAGAAAGAGAAAGAACCCAAAUUCUCCAGCAAAAUCCAUCUCCGCCUCAGCUUAGACGGCGGGUAUCACGUCAUGGACGAAUCCAUUCACUACAGCAGCGAUUUCCGGCCAACCUCUAAGCUUCUAUGGAAAUCCAGCAUCGGAAUUCUCGAGCUGGGGAUCAUCAGCGCCACCGGACUGUCAGCCAUGAAAGACGGCCAGGGCACAACAGACGCCUAUUGCGUCGCAAAAUACGGCCCGAAAUGGGUCCGAACGAGAACCAUCAUAGACAAUUUAUCGCCGAAAUGGAACGAGCAGUAUACCUGGGAAGUCUACGAUCCGUGCACGGUGAUCACCGUGGGCGUGUUCGACAACGGGCAUUUACAAGGCGGGAGAGAUUCAAGCAUCGGAAAAGUGAGAAUCCGUCUCUCGACUCUGGAGACUGAAAAGGUUUACACCCAUUCAUAUCCAUUGAUUGUGCUGAAACCUUCUGGGGUUCAGAAAAUGGGAGAGGUCCAAUUAGCCGUCAGGUUUUCGUGCACGUCGUAUACUAACAUGCUGUCGAAAUACACGCAGCCAUUGUUUCCGAAGAUGCAUUACGUGCAUCCAUUGUCGAUUUCGCAACAGGAUUACCUGAGAUUCCGAGCGAUCCAGAUUGUGUCGAAGAGGCUCGGGAGAGCCGAGCCGCCGCUAAAAGCGGAGGUGGUUGAGUAUAUGCUUGACGUUGGGUCCCACAUCUGGAGCGUGAGGAGAGCUAAAGCGAAUUUCUUCAGAUUGAUGUAUGUUGUGAGUCCGAUAAUGGCGGUUUGGAAAUGGUUCGAUGAGAUCUGCAAGUGGAAGAAUCCGGUCACGACGGUUCUGAUUCAUAUCUUGCUUUUCAUCCUCGUCCUCUAUCCGGAACUAAUUCUCCCGACGUUUUUUCUCUACCUGUUCUUCAUCGGAAUCUGGCAUUACCGUCGGAAACCUAGACACCCUCCGCACAUGGACAUCCAUCUCUCGCACGCUCACGCGGCGACGGCGGACGAUUUGGACGAGGAAUUCGACUCGUUCCCGACGGGGAGACCGGCGGAGAAGGUGAGGAUGCGGUACGAUCGGCUGAGGAGCGUGGGAGGGAGGAUUCAGACGGUGAUCGGAGACAUGGCGACUCAGGGAGAGAGGUUUCACUCGCUGCUCAGCUGGAGAGAUCCCCGAGCUUCGGCGUUGUUCUUGACGUUUUGCUUGUUCGCCGCGGUUGUUAUGUACGUGACGCCGGUGCAAGUGGUGGCGCUUCUCGCCGGAUUGUACGUGCUGAGGCACCCCAAGUUACGCCAAAAGAUUCCGCCCACGUGUACUAACUUCUUCAAAAGGCUGCCCGCAAGGGCGGACUGUAUGCUCUAAUUCAUUUGCCUGCUUGCUCGAAUUCAUUUGUUAGUAUAGCCUGUCCUCUUGGAGGAGAAUUAAAUCAAGUUGUAUGUAAUUAUUUGAAUAAGAAAUUGAACAUAACAAUUAACCAGGCUUUUAUACA